AUGAUAUCUCUUAAAACAAAACAAACACAAGACGCGGUGGAGGGUGAGGGUGAAGUGGAGGUGGAGGCGUACGCCUCCGUAACAUGCGGGCGGAAUAUGCCCAUUGCAGCGCGGACCAACAGCGCUGCGGGAUGGACUUCCUGGCCUGAGGCUUUGAGGAAAAGCCAGGAGGCCAUUAACGGUCUACCUAGGGAGGAGGAUCCUGGGGCGACCUACGGCCCUGAGUUCAUCGGGACUUCGACUUGGUCAUCACCAACCCAGGUGAAGGCGAGCCGCCCUGGCCCGGCAAGUAGCAAGGCUGCGCAACUGGCAAAAAACAAGGCUGCGCAACUGCCGAAGGGCAAGAAGAGGAGGCUUGAUCCCUCCGCCUCGUCUUCUGACCACGAGGUGGAGGUCGUUGACGAGUCCUCGGACUCGGCCUCCUCCCCGGAGGAUGAGGGGAGGAAGAAGAAGGAUGGAAGGGGACGCCCUCCGAAGGACCCUUCGCAUGAAGGGUGCUUCACGGCGGAGGCACUGAAGGCCAAGAAGGUCUUCGCCAAAAGGUUGAAGCAGGGCCGGGACGAGGAGCGUGCCCUGGACCCCUCGGCGGUGCUGAAAUACACUAAGAAGGUAGCGGACAUGCGUUACAAAGAGGCGGACCUCAUACAGGAAUACAGAGACAUCUCUUCGGCCGGCUUAGGAGCAGUGGUGACGGAGCGCGUGGCCAUGCUGCAGAAGAUGGCCCAGGGCUGCUCCAAUCUAAAAGGUACCACGGUGAGUGCGCUGUGGAACACCUCGGCCCACAUCUCGGCAGCCGCCGCGGUUUUGAACCAGAGAGCGCAGCAACCUGGUCACGCGGUGGCGGAGGCCGAAUGGGAGGACAUCAGGAAGGAGAGAGCGCAGCAACCUGGUCACGCGGUGGCGGAGGCCGAAUGGGAGGACAUCAGGAAGAAGGUCCGCCAGCUAAAGGGGGACCUGACGCACAUCAAGGCCGAAAAUGAGAGCAUCAGGUCCGAGAAUGAGAACCUGAAGGCCAAAAUUAAGAAAUUGGAGGAGGAGCGAUCCAGAGUGGCUGCGAGGGCUCCUAGCCCUCAACCCACUCCGAGGUUGAGGAGGAUGGCGACGCGGCCGGCGAUUGUCGAGUCGGAAUCGGAGGGGGAGAAUCCAUCUGGGGUAACGGGAGGGAAGGGUGUUCCGCGCCUAAAGUCGCCAACGUCCGCGGCGGUGUGCAUCACCUGUCCAGCUGGCAAGUACAGCGAGGUGAUGUGCAUCGCCAGGAGCAAGGUCCCCCUCUAUGAGCUGGCGAUAAAGAACCUCAGGUGCAAGAGGGCCAUCACCGGGGCCCUCCUGCUUGAGGUCCCUGGCCCGGAGGGGGACAAACUAACCGACACCCUGGCCAGUAGACUUAGGGUGGCGCUGACUGGAGAGGAGGGGGUCAGGGUGGACCGUCCCUCAAAAAAGGCAGAGGUCCGCCUACACAACUUGGAGGACUCUGUCACGGUCGCGGACAUAGCAGCGGCCGUGGCAGACGCCUCGGGAGGGGACUCCUCCGACAUUAAUGUGGGGGAUGUAAGGAGAGCCCCCAACAGUCUGGGGACUGCCUGGGUGCGGUGCCCCGUCGCCGUGGCCAAAAAGGUCGCGGAGGCGGGUCGCAUUCAGGUAGGUUGGGGUAUGUCUCGGGUUGAGGUGCUGGCGGCUAGGCCCCUGCAAUGCUUCCGCUGUUUGGAAGAGAGGCACGUCCGUCAGCACUGCCGCAGCAAAGUCGACCGUUCCGGCUUAUGUUACCGCUGCGGCGGCCCGGGUCAUCGAGCCGCGGAGUGCACCGGACGACUAUCGUGCCCGGUGUGCUCCACGGCCGAGAAAGUGGUGGCCCACAGGUUGGGAGGAGGGGCUUGUACGGCCCUCCAAAAAAAGAAGGGGAAAGGGAGGAAGAAUAAAGGGGCGGGGAAUGCCCGAACCUCGCCCACCUCCCAAUCCCACCAGGAAGAAAGCCAGCAGCGAUCCCAGGAAAACGCGGCUGGGUCAUCUGGGAUGGGUCAAGUGGACCCUCCCCCGAGAGCGAGAAGGGAGCCCAGGGGGCUCAAAGCAGAGACGGCUCGCCCAUCUGCACCCGAGGCCCCAGAGGCUAUCAUGGAGGUGCAGAUGGAGGAGACUCCCCCGGCGACGGAGGAGAGAGGCGGAACGGGGGAGGAAGUAGCCCCCGCUAUUAAUGAGGUGGUCGUCCUGGAGGAGGGCAAAUCUAUCAUUGACCUCACAUGGGUCAAUGGCCCUGCGGUGCGCGCGGUGGGGGUUUGGAGGGUGGCGGAGGGGAUCGACACUGGUUGCGACCAUCUCUACAUAGAGGUGAUCCUCUCCGCCAUUUCCCCCGAGGUGCUCCGGCGCCGCCGGGAAAGGGAGCGCGGGCGGCCCGGCAGAUGGGCCCUCCGUAAAUUGGACGAGGACGCCCUCAAGGCGUUCAUCGCCGCGGCGGAGUGGGUUCGGGGAGACGAUCCUCCUCGACCCAUUCUGUCCCCGGACGAUGUGGAGGAGGAGGCGGAAGAACUCGGGGCAGACAUGGAGAGGGCGUGCGACGCCUCCAUGCCCCGAGUUCGCCCCACGCCCUUCAGGUCCGCGUACUGGUGGACGGAGGAGAUAGCCGAACUUAGGCGCUCCUCCGUCCAGGCCAGAAGACGUAUGCAGCGGACCAGAAGGGCGGGGAACGUCGCCGAGGCGACGACGGCGCGCAGGGCUUUCCGGGCCGCACGUAAAGCACUGCGCGUAGCCAUUGUGAAGGCCAAGGCCAGGUCCUGGGAGGACAUGCUCAAGUCCCUGGACAAGGACCCCUGGGGGCGCCCGUACAGAAUAAUCUUGCAAAGAUUACGAUCUUGGGCGCCCCCGGUGACGGAAACUCUCGAACCCCCACUCCUCGAUAAUGUGGUGGGGGCCCUCUUCCCGGAGGAGGGGCCACCGCCCCUUCCGUACGAGGGUCCUCCGCCGGACUGGAACGAGGAGUGGGAGGUGUCCGGGGACGAGAUGACCCGGGCUGCCCGCCGGCUCGGCGAGGCGAAAAAAGCCCCUGGACCGGACGGGGUCCCGGGUCGAGCAUAG